GGCAUAGACUCGAAGGCCGAAAAGACUCGGGUGGAGCCACUCGACUGCCUUAACUGGUAACGCAUUGUCAUCAUUGGUCAGUUGUAUUAUCGCUGUGGCCUCACGUUUAUUUCAGUCUGCCCGCAUUCCAUCUAGAAGAGUGAACAUGGCAUUGCUGCAGACUAUACUUGUGUACACUAUUGCAUGUAUUGCUGGUUUCUACACGUCCGUACGUUUAGCCAUUCGUUACGUCUCGAAUCCGUCCGCUUUUCCAGUGAAGAAGCGAGAUAAACCACCGAAAUGCCUCACAGACCCUGACCUUGGAGUUCAUGGAUAUCUUUCCCUUAAAGGUAUCAAAAUACAUUAUGUUGAAAAAGGAGACAGAUCAAAGCCUCUCAUGCUGUUUGUACAUGGGUUUCCUGAAUUCUGGUACUCCUGGAGAUAUCAAAUGAAAGAAUUCUCCAAAGAUUACUGGACAGUCGCAAUAGAUAUGCGAGGUUACGGGGACUCGGAGAAACCAUCUGGUGUAAAGUACUACAGCAUGGACUAUCUUGUUGAUGAUAUUAAGCAGGUUGUUGAGGCUUUAGGUCGACAAAAGAUCAUUUUAGUUGCUCAUGAUUGGGGUGGUGCUAUUGCAUGGAAUUUUAUUCUGAAGCACCAUGAAAUGGUACAAAGCUAUAUCAUCAUGGAUGCUCCAUAUUUUCCAGCUUUUCCUGAAGUUGCAAAAGAAAACCCAAAACAGUUCUUCUGUUCUUUGUACAUGUGUUUCUUCCAACUUCCAUAUCUGCCAGAACUCUUCCUUUCGUCUUUUGACUUCAGAGGGUUUCGACGACUGUUCAGAGGAAAGAACCCAAAAACCCCUUUCACUGUUUCUGAUGAAGAUAUUGAGGCAUUUAAAUAUAAUUUUAGCAAACCAGAGGGAUUAACACCUGCACUGAACUACUAUAGGGCUAAUGUUCUGAGAAUUCGCCCUUCCAGUCCGUCACAAAUGAAGCUGGAUAUUGAACCACAUGGACUUCUAAUAUUUGGUGAACUAGAUAGGUACCUGCUGCCAGCCCAUGUACCAGCAGCUCAGAAGUAUGUGAAGAACCUGGAAGGAAGAAUUGUUAAGGGAGCCAAUCAUUUUGUGCAGCAGGAUGAUCCUGACACGGUGAACAAAUACAUGAGAGAAUUCCUUGAGAAAAAUGUAAAAUGAUGUCAAUUGAUGUUACAAUAAAUCAGGAUUCAAUACCUGUAUGUAUAAAAAAUUUGAAAUACGCUGUCUUGAAAAACACAGCAGGUUUCUGAAAGUUUUCAAGGUCAAUUAUAUAAAAAGAAAUCAUU